GCUUGAGUCAUCAUCGACUGAAUCAUUUGAAUAACCACGCAUCGCCAUGCCCUUGGCUAGGCCACUCGCACUUGUUUACGAUUCGAUCGAGUCUCAUGCAGCUUGUUUGUUCGCUGCCUCCGCCUAUCGAUUUUCAUCUUGUUUACGUCUCCUUCUGCAGAGGUGCUCCCUAACAACAUCGUGCAUAGCAAACCAUUCAACAUCUCAUGAGUGUGCAGCAAAUCCCCAAUCCAGCCAAGCUUUUUCGAAACAUCGCCAUGGCAGGGCUAAGUUCCUCCAAUGCCUUGGUGGAUCGUCUAGCGACCAGUAAAGACCAACAAACAGCCCUUCAGUUUGCCUUCUACAACGCUCUCGUAUUUGUAUUGACUGGACUAUGUCUCGCUGGCUUAUACGCUUUGUACAAAAUGAUGUACAUGUUCCUCUCACCGAUAAUGUGGGCCGUAUUGGUUGGUACCGUGUUGUUUCCAUUCAAGAAGCAGAUCACCGAGAAAGUCCAGAGAUGGUUGAGAAGCCUCCGGGAUAACAAUCAAACAUUGGCUGAGGGACUCGUAACUACUCCUUUUUACCGUUUUCGAGACUUCGCUGAUUACAUUUACAGGACUGCUAUGAGCCAUACCGGUUUGCAAGCCGUUAUAGCCUACAUCGUGCUGAAAAUGCUUACCUAUGAACGGACCUUUGUAUACAUAAUCAACCUUGCCGGCUAUUUUUACAACUUCAUCGAUGGCUUCGUAUCUUUCUUCUCCAAAACAUGGCUAUUCCCAAUAAUGCUUAUCUACUUCUGCGCAUAUGCAGCAUGGAUUUAUGUGCAGCAACCAGGAACAGUGAAUAAAAAAGUGGCUCGAGUGAUUUCUUUGCCCAUCUGGACAUACGUCUUGUGCUUCUUGUCUUCCUACUUUGGUCCAUUGCGUGCAGCUGUGUUUGGAGCUUCGGCUGCUGUACUUGGUGCAUUAUCAGCUGGCCUCUGGAAAGUAGAUAGAACCUCUGCGGAUGCAAGUUCCCCAGAAAAUGAAGAUGAAGUGAAACUUCUCAAAGAAGAGGAGUGGCCUGAAUUGCCUCCAAAAGAAGGUAAAGAAGCGGACGCAGACACCGCUUCUGUCGUUUCCAUCGACAAAGCUAUCAAAGGUGAUAAACUCAUUUCAAUUACCGGUGGAUUGUGUGCGCUGUCGUGGUUAGUUCGUCAUGAUUCUGCCCUGAUGCUUGUUCUGGUUCCUUUUCUCUUCGCUGCCAUCCGCAGAGCUGGCGCCAACAGCGGUUUUACUCCUGCAGUUUAUGAUGCAUUCAAAUCUUUCUGGCAGCGUGUGCAACCACACGCUAAGAGAAUCGUUGAUAUCACUGUAGCAGGUCCUCUGCGCCAGUUUGUGAAGGUGCUUUUCUCUUCCGACAAAAUGGUGGUUGAAGCACUCCAUUCGAACAUGGAUAUGCUAUCUUCUGUCGCUGUCAUGGCCCUGCUGGGCCUGUCUGCGCUUUCUGCUCUGACAUUUGUCGGAUUCCAGCUGCACGACGAAACGGCUCACCUUGCCCAGCUCGCUACAAAUGUUGUCCAAUCUCGCCCAGACUGGCUUGGCGCAGCAAUGAAUUACACGGAGGAUAAGCUUGAAGAUCAUCAAAUCGAUAUUAAUGAUUACAUGAAACAGGCUUACGAACAUGGUCGUGGCUGGUUAGCGUCCAACGUAAGGGCUUUGGCUAACCCAAAAGAUACAGAGAGAGCAGAUAUGCUUGAAACACAAGUAAAAAAGAUAGUCGACAAGCUUUACGGGAUGUGGGAGCAAAGAAAUAUCGCGCCGGCAGUGGAGAAAGCUGCAGAAGUUCGCCCGGACUGGAAAUCGCAGCUCAUGCAAGUCACCGAUGUCCAUGCCCUCAAAGAGGAACUUACGCAUAUAGUGAGAGAAAACAUGGACACCAUCACGAACGUGGCUCGUUCGGCAUGGUCCCUGCUGGCUGGUAAUCUCUCCCUAGUUGCGUCACUGCUGGGUUCCCUGGGUGGACUUAUUCUGGACUUUGGAACAGACAUUAUCAACCUAGUCAUUGAAACAAUCGUGUUCCUGACAGUGGUUUACUACCUCCUGUCUGCCUCUCGCGAUCGCUGGCUGCCAAUUGAAUGGGUCAGCAACCUGCCGCAUUUGCUACAAACGUCCGAAAGUCCAGCAACUACAUCUGCAACUAGUAAUCUUCAAACAGAACCGUCUAAGUCAUCUAAUCAUGAAGUGACCGGUGCUAUUGAGCAGGCAAUUUCGGGGGUGUUCGUCCUUUCGUCGAAGAUGGCCCUCUUUUAUGGUCUUUACACCUAUUUUCUUCAUACUCUUUUUGACCUCAACGUUGUUUUCGUUCCUAGCAUGCUCGCCGCCUUAUUUGCCGCCAUCCCCCUCAUGCCUCCCUAUAUUGUUUGCAUCUUUGGCGUAAUUGAGCUGUGGCUUGUGCGAGGCGAGCUAGCUUCCGCAAUAGUAUUUGCUGUCUUGUCAUUUGCACCACGCUUGUUCGCUGAUACGGCUUUCUACAAAGAAGUCAAAUUCUCCCAUCCAUAUUUGACUGGUCUGUCCAUUAUCGGCGGCAUGUACUGGCUUGGGCUUCAGGGUGCUAUAAUUGGACCAAUCAUCUUGUGCACUUUCCUGGUGUUUCUCCAUGUGUUCACCGACUAUGCCGGAACCAGAGGAGAAAAACUCAAAACCCGAUAAAUGGUUGUAGAAGUUUAAAUUGCGGCAGCUUAUUAUCCAUCCACUUGCCAUUUGAUGCUUCUUCAAUCACAGCAUGUAUAUUAGUGCGACGUUGACCGUGCCGAUUUGUUUUCACCUCCAUCAGGCCUAUGACUCCGAUUUACUUAUAGUCUUUGUACAUACUUAGUUCGGUUAGUUCUGAUCUAUGAACUUCGAGUGAACUUCAUGCUAAUCCCUGUUUAUCAAUGCAGUAUUCUUUUUCUCAUCACGCAUUUUCAACCUGCUAUUAUCAUUUGUCGAGGCAAAAGUAGAUACUAACCUUUACUGCCAUUGCAUGUUUACACAUUUUUAACAUUUGUAUGACCAAUCUUCUACUCAUAAUAAACUUCUUUU